AUGCACCUCACAGCUCCAGCUCCAGACCAGGCCCGUUCAUUCCGUCCCCUCCUCUCGCCUCCGCACACACCCCAAAUGAGGCCCGUUCCAGUGGGUGCUGCUACUGCGCGCCGGGCACCGUGUAAGUGCCUACGACAUCUACAGGAGGAACGCCGUAGCCCGGCAGCCUCAGCAUCGGGAUCUCCGAUCCCCUCGCGGAAGGUGAACCGGUCGUGUCAGGAAUGUACAAGACGGAAAGUAAAAUGUGAUGGCGGUCAUCCUUGCGCUAGUUGUCAAUACUACAAGGUUGCAGACGCCUGCGAGUACAGGCAGCGAAGCAAACGACAUGCCGUAAGUCGGAGCACGCUGGAAAAGGCCUCGGAGCAACUACAAGCUCAAUCUCGCAUCCUGCAUGAACUCUUUCCUAAUAUUCCCUUUGAGGCUCUCGUCGGCAAAUCUCGCCCACAGCUUCUCGCCCUCCUUCCCCGAGAGUCAAUCUACAGCCUUCCACCCAUCUCUCAACAAGAUCCGUCACCCACAGGCAUCUCCGCCGCAGAUGAGGAUGAUGAUGAUGACGACAACGGCCCUGACGACUCCACGCAGAUCUCCGAGAAUGGCGAGACCGGCAAUGACAGACGAUGGGACGAGUCCGCCGCCGCCCACCAGCCCGCGGCCACCCUUCGCGCCAGCGAUGACAUUAACGCCAUCUCUCUCGCGACAGAUCAGCACCGCCGUUCAUAUCUCGGUGUUACCUCCAUGAGCGCUGUUCUCAGAGCCAUAUUCCGUCUCUGCCCCGCUGCCAAAGAGCAUACCGCCCAGCGCGCAAAGUCCUGGGCCGAGUCCUCGUCAGCCUUGUCGCAGCACCAGCAACCCUUCCCAUCAUUAUCCUUACUCGGCACUCCCAGCCCUGGCAUGAAUCCCCUUCGUGAACAGCGCUGUAUAGAAUUCUACUUUGAACAUAUCCACCCAAUAACCCCCAUCUUAAGUGAAGAUGACUUCCGUCGCACCUACGCCUCAGGAGCCCGCCAUGACGACUCCUGGCUUGCACUCCUCAACAUGGUCUUCACUCUCGGUUCCGUCGCCUCAGGGAGCGACUCUUUACACGUACAAUACUACAAAGAAGCACGCGCCCAUUUGGGUCUCGACUCAUUAGGUUCCGGCAACAUGGAAAGCCUGCAGGCCCUGUGUCUUUUAGGCGGAUACUACCUCCAUUACCGUAACUCUCCCAACAUGGCCUACGCAGUCCUCGGUGCCGCCCACCGUGUCGCCAUUGCCCUCGGGCUGCACCGCGAACCCAUACGCAGCCAUCGCGCUUCGAUAGACCACACUUCCGAGCACAACAACCACAGUAUCCGCACCGAAACCCGUCGCCGCACUUGGUGGAGCCUCUUCUGCCUCGACACAUGGGCUAGCAUGACCCUCGGCCGUCCCACAUGCGGCCGCUGGGACAGCAGCACAAUGGACACGCACCUACCGACGCCCCUAUCCCCCGACGACCAUGUUGCGGCGUCUUUGCGAGCGAGCUGCCAUUUCUGUCACAUUUGCGAUCGGAUCCAGCACCGCUUCGCACAACCCGCGCGCCUCUCAGCUCAUGAGGCCCUGUCGUUCGACCGUGAACUGCGAGAUUGGCACGCCUCCCUCCCUGAGUCUCUCAAGAGCCCGGCAAACUCCCCCCCACGGUUGACCGUCGCCCGUGAGUUCAUGCGGAACCGCUAUCUCAACGUCCGUCUCAUCCUCUCCCGCUGCUUCCUUUUAUACCUCGCCCACGACCAUAGCUUGAAGAGAGGCAGCAGCACUACUUCAUCCGAGCCCCUGGUCCCUUCGCCGGACGAGCUCUCCCUAGUCGAUGCCUGCCGGUCGGUGGCCGGAGAAGCAAUUGACGCGAUAACGCUCUACUGGACACCCAACCGCGUCCACGUCUGGAAUUCGGCGUGGUACCUCUUCCAGGCCUGUAUGGUUCCCCUCCUCUCUAUAGCCAUAGAAACAAACCGCACAUCCGCUGCACGCAAACAACAACAGCAGCAACAGCAACAACAACCCGCAGGUACGACGGCAAUGGGCCCAAUAGCAUCAAUAACGACCCCGGCCCCUCCAACCGCAUCUUCCGUCUCAGUCAGCUCUCCAGAAACCACGCCAGCGGUGCAAUCCUGGUGCGCGAGCCUGACAAAGGCCCUCGAGCUCUUCUCCGAGAUGCGCCCGUGGAUGCGCGCGUCCGACAGGGCCCCGGACAUCGUCGCCGCGCUGUACGAGGCCGUCACGGCCGACGUCGAGGGCGGCUCGAACGCCGGGUCCACGAUCCGCACGCCGUCCGCCACGACAGACGGCGGUAUGGACCUGUUCGGGUGGUGCGACGAGCAGCUUACGGAGCUGGACUGGAGCACGUUCCUCGGCGGCGGGAGCGGCGGGGACGAGGGCGUGCAGCAGGGUAUGUUUGCGUUUUCGUAA